AUGAUCUCUAAUUCUAUAAGAUCAAGAAAUAAACAUUUGAUUGUUAAAAUAAUAAAAGCCAAUGCUAGAAAUUUUACAUGUAAUAAUAAUCAACUGUUGCUAAGACAUCAUGCCCAGUCCCAUUUAAGAAAAUUAAAUCAACAAAAAUCUUCCAACAAACUGGAAAGUGAUCCUAUUUCCCAAAAUACUAGUAUCGAUACCGAGCAUUUUGUAGAAAAAGAUUUAUUAGAAAGAGGGUUCUCCAAAGUUAAUGUACCAGAAUCAUUGAGUAAAACUUAUCUGGAUUAUUUACAGGUUAAUAACACUGCAUUUAAAAAAUCAUCCAAAAACCUAAAUGUCUUGAAAGAAAAGAUGAAGCAGCUUUCUGGACCUACUAAAACUCCACGUCCUGAAAAUGAAAAUGAAAAUGAAAAUGACCAGCAAAAAUAUAUAAGCAUUAUUAACUCUAUUUUCCAUUAUCUUGUUAACGAGUCAUAUUUAGAAAUCACCAGAUUCAAUACUUUGGGUCCUGAGAAAAUAUCUCAAAUUGUUGAAUCAGAUGAUUUUGUUAAAACUGCCAAGUUUGCUGCUUUGCAGAAUAAUGAAAUGGAUGAACAACUAUUAUUUGACCGACUAAAAUACGAUCUUUUCAAAGAUACCGGGAACCCAGGUAAGCUCCAAUCCACCACAGAAAAUUAUUGGAAAAUGACUAAAAAUCUUUUUAACGUUUUGGAAUUGAUAGAUAGAGAUCAAAAAAAUGUAGCACUAUAUGAAUCUUUUAAACUCGAAGAGUUUGUAUCAAUUUUUGAGUUUUGUAAAAAAAUACCUGUCAAAAGUUUAAAAUUGAAAGGGCUAUGCAUAUCCGGUAAUUUAAUAUAUAGAAAUAACCCAAAAUUAAGAAUGGAUCCUAUUAAUGAAUCGUUUUAUAUUGAAAGUUUAAUGAAUUAUGGUUCUGCCAAAAAGGCAAUUCUAUUAGUAAGAAACAGUACGGAAAGAAUACACCAGCGUUGGUGGAAUGAAGUUGGAUUAAUGUGUUAUUUAUCCACUAAUCAAUUAAAGAAAUUUAAAAAAAUGUUUAAAGAAACAAUAAAUAAAUUCGGUGAUGAUUAUAUAGAUAUUAGAAUUUUGAAAAAAGCCAUUUGGAAAAAUUUGUCAUUUUGCAACAAUAUCCAAGAAGCUAAUUAUUAUUGCGAUCUCUUUAUUAAAAUUGUGGAACGGUAUGGCUGUGAAGAAUAUAACCCAGAACAACAAAUUAUGCAAAAUACUACAUCCAUUUUCUUUCGAUCUCAAGAAGAGGGCAAUCUUUUUUUAAAUAGACCCAUUAAACCAACUGACAAAGACUUUUAUAGUGUGAUAAGCUCAUUUUUAAGCAAUGGCCAAUACCAAAGAGCUAAACAACUUCUAACCCUUUUGACUAAAAAAAUGAAUAACACUAUUAAAGAGAAAAACAACUUUCUAAUCACAUCUACCGCGCUUUAUUUGGCUACUAAUGUUAAUGAGCUUUUAAAACAUACGGAACCUAAUUCUAACAGAUUUGACCAACACUUUACCAAGCAUUAUCUUCACAACAUUAAAUAUCUCCAAGAGGUGCAUCUAAAUUCAUUUAAUUCUAUUUUUUUAAAAAACUUGAUCAAAUUAUCCAAAAACUCAAAAUAUAAUGAUUUAAUUGUUAAAUUUAUCAUGGACAAUUUACUCAAGGAUAAUAUUAUGGAUCAACCGUAUAAAAUCAGAGCAAUAAUAAGAGUUUUACUAAAUGAUAAAAAGAUUACUUUGGCCAAGCAAAUUUUAGAGGCAACUGAAAAAUUAUCAAAAAACGAUGAUCCUACAAUUACAAUUUAUUACUCGGAAUUUGUUAUGUAUUAUGCCAGUGAGAUUGGUAAUCUUUUGAAAUCAAAACAUGUUACUCGUAAAAGAACAGUUACUAUCAGCAACAAAAAUAAAAUCUGCGACAAAGAUCUUUUUGAAAAAUACAAAAACGAAGUUGAGUUGGUGCUUAUGAAACAUAUUGAAGACCAAGAUAUUCCUGUAUCUGCUGAAUUUUUGAGUGCAUCAUUGAAAUACUAUAUUAUUUCAGAUCAGUUAGGUAAAAGCAUUGAUUUAGUUAAUGACAUAGCCAUUCAAGGCUUAAAUUUGUAUGCUGAAGAUGAAUUUGAAAGGACAAGCAGCGAAUUAGAAAGUAAUCCUGCUUUAUAUUACUCAAUAUUAUGUGUCUAUUACAGAUAUUAUUAUUCUCUAAAAUAUGACACUUAUUAUAAAUACUCAAUCAAAAAAUUUCCUAAUAAAAAUAGCCUUGUUAAUUGCAUUAUUAAAAUACCAUUAGAAGACAUUUUACACAAAUUUUUAAUAAAAAGAAAUAUUCUGCCCAAUGAUGCGGUUAUAGGUAAAAUUAUUCAGACUCUAGUGGUAAAAGAUGACUAUAAUAUGCUUUUGUUGUUUUUGAACCUCCUAGAUCAAAAAUUGGGAGUCACAGUAUUGAACCAAAAAAACAUUAGCGUUAUAUUGGAUGCGUUAAAGCAAUCCUAUGUUUACGAUGAAAGAGGUAAGAUAUUAGAAAAGGAAAAGAAUAAAGAUAAUUCAACAGAUUUGAUAUUUAUACAUAAAGAUAGCUAUUUGAAAGCAUUGAAAAUAGUCAAGGAUAAAAUUAAGAGAGGUGAUAUAAUGUCCAAAUUGGCAGAUGCAUCGUCAUCGGGCGGCAUCACUAUCCAGAUGUUAAAUGAAAUAGUUGUUGAGUAUUUAUAUUAUAAAGGCAGGGGAAACAAUUCUUCAUUUAAUAUCAAUAACAAACAGAACUUAAGGGAAAUUUUCCACAGAUUUGGCUUUGAUUCGACUAAAAUUUUAGCAGUUAUUGAUCAGUAUACUAAUUGCUAG